GAAAACCCCUUCUAAUGUCGGUUGAUUCAGUCCUGGUGCUGUAACUCAUAUCACGUUUGGACAGCAGUCAGUGUUUGAUGUGGAUUUUUACUCAUGCGGAUUAAUUUCAUUGGUAUGAACGUAAAAGGGAAAAUAAACUGCACUUCACUGCAAAUAUUUCAUUCCUUCACCGUGGCUUUUAUGCUAAUGGAAUAAAUUCAAGUAGGUUUUUGGAGAACAGAUGAUAUGACGGUAAGUUGAAUAAGGAUGUCAGAUGAUUUUAUCCAAAGCAGUCAGAAACUUUCUUCUGUGGAACAAAAGACUCCAUUCAGCAAACCCAGAUCCAUCACUCGCUAUCACGGGGAAGUAACAAUGCUUCAUUUCGUUAACUUUAAUGAACAUUUGCACAUAAUGUGUUUCUCAGCAUGAAUGAAUGAGGUGUGUGUGUCCUGUUUCUGCUUCAGUGACGUGGAACAUUAUUGACGGGAACCUUCCAGAAGCUUCUGUGAGCCAUCGACAGACAUCACAAAACAUCUGACUAAACCCAUGAUAAAGAUCCUCAGGACGUGUCUGUGAACAGUCUGUCUGUGAUGGCGGUGACGGACUCCAGGAGCAGUCUGGACGCGGCUGUGGGCUCCAGACAACAGGCCGGUCAGGGCUGGAUCAACACGUACCCGCUGUCCAGCGGCGUCUCCACACUCUCCAAAAAAUCAGGUUUGUCAAAGAAGACGAACAGAGGAACACAGCUGCACAAAUACUUCAUGAAGCGCAGAACGCUGCUGCUGGCCCUGCUGGCCAGUGAGGUGGAGCGUCUGACCACCUGGUACAAUCCUCUGGGCAGCCAGGAGCUCCAGAUAUCAGCCGAACAGUCUGUGGAAACCAGCAUCGCCAACUGGAGGUCAAAGUACAUCAGCCUGACUGAGAAACAGUGGAAGGACAAUGUUAAUCUGGCGUGGAGCAUCGCGCCGUAUCUCGCCCUACAGCUGCCCGCCAGGUUCAAGAACACUGAAGCCAUCUUCUCAGAAGUGACCCGCUUGGUUCGGUUGGAUCCGGGAGCGGUCAGUGACGUUCCUGAGGCUGUGAAGUUCUUGGUGACGUGGCACACGAUUGAUGCUGAUUCUCCGGAGUUGAGUCACAUCUUGUGUUGGGCUCCGGCUGACCCUCCCACGGGCCUGUCGUAUUUCUCCAGCAUGUAUCCGCCGCAUCCGCUGACCGCGCAGUACGCCGUCAAAGUCCUGCGCUCCUUCCCUCCUGAUGCUAUUCUGUUUUACAUCCCACAAAUUGUUCAGGCUCUCCGUUAUGACAAGAUGGGGUACGUGAGAGAAUACAUCCUGUGGGCGGCACAGAAGUCUCAGCUUCUGGCACAUCAGUUCAUCUGGAACAUGAAGACCAACAUCUACACAGACGAGGAGGGACACCAGAAAGACCCUGACAUCGGGGAGCUUCUGGAGCAUUUGGUUGAAGAGAUCAUCGGCUCCCUCUCGGGUCCAGCUAAAGACUUCUACCAGCGCGAGUUUGACUUCUUCAACAAGAUCACCAAUGUCUCAGCCAUUAUAAAGCCCAUUCCUAAAGGUGACGAGCGGAAGAGAGCGUGUCUGAGAGCUCUGUCCGAUAUCAAAGUCCAACCAGGCUGUUAUCUGCCCAGUAACCCCGAGGCCAUAGUCCUAGACAUUGACUACAAAUCUGGAACGCCAAUGCAAAGUGCUGCAAAAGCACCAUACCUGGCCAAAUUCAAGGUGAAACGCUGUGGAGUGAGUGAACUCGAGAAAGAGGGUUUAUUGUGUCGCUCGGACUCACUGGAUGAAGCUCAAAGCGGAGAAGACGCUCAGAAGAUCUGCUGGCAGGCGGCCAUCUUUAAAGUCGGAGACGACUGCAGACAGGACAUGUUGGCUUUGCAGAUCAUUGGUCUGUUUAAGAACAUCUUCCAGCUGGUGGGACUCGACCUGUUUGUUUUUCCUUAUAGGGUGGUAGCGACAGCACCAGGGUGUGGCGUCAUCGAGUGCAUCCCAGACUGUAAGUCCAGAGAUCAGCUGGGACGACAGACCGAUUUCGGGAUGUACGAUUAUUUCCGUAACCAGUACGGAGACGAAUCCACUCUGGCCUUCCAGAAGGCGAGGUAUAACUUCAUCAGGAGCAUGGCUGCGUACAGUCUGCUGCUCUUCCUGCUGCAGAUCAAGGACAGACACAACGGGAACAUCAUGCUGGACAGACAGGGACACCUCAUCCACAUCGACUUCGGCUUCAUGUUUGAGAGUUCUCCGGGUGGGAAUCUGGGCUGGGAGCCGGACAUCAAACUGACGGACGAGAUGGUGAUGAUCAUGGGCGGCAAGAUGGAGGCCACGCCCUUUAAGUGGUUCAUGGAGAUGUGUGUGCGCGGAUACCUGGCCGUCAGGCCAUACAUGGAUGCUGUGGUUGCCUUGGUAACGCUGAUGUUGGAUACAGGAUUGCCCUGCUUCCGCGGUCAGACCAUCAAACUGCUCAAGCAGCGUUUUAACCCUGGAGUGAGUGAGAAGGAAGCAGCGGCUUUUAUCAUCAAAGUCAUUCAGAACUGCUUCCUGAGCAGCAGGAGCAAAACGUAUGACAUGAUCCAGUACUAUCAGAACCAGAUCCCGUACUGAAGGCCAGAGAAACGUGUGUGUGUGUGUGUGUGUGUGUGUGUGUGUGUGUUCUCCUCUCACUGUCACAGUCACAGUCUGGUGUGUUUCUGCACUUUAUACACCUGACAUGAGUUUGCAUGGAUUCAUACGCACUUAUAUCAGCACUUAUGAGACUCACAUGACACACUUUCUGCUGCAUGAUGAUUUCAGUUAUAAUUGAUUUUUUAAAGUCAAUUUCGUGCCAUUUUGAGUUUUAUUUGAUGUGAUUUUGUUUAUGGCCUUUGAUAAUUUCCUGGCAAAUCAUGUUGUUGUUACAGCAGAUGUGUUUAUGGUCUGGACUAGAGCUGGACUAUGUCUGGACAUUUUAGAGGUGAUAAAUUAACGCACAAAAAUCAGUAUUUGGUUGAUUUUAUUUAUUAUCAGGCAGUGGAGGAGAGAUGUUUGAAGAGUUGAAAUGUUUGCUAUUCUGUGAAUCUUGAUUGUUUUGCAGCUCUGAAUUUUGUGUAAUAAUAUUUGUGAUUUUAUGGUCACAUGACCUCUGAUCAAUCACUGCUUGUUUUGCAGUAUGUGCCUGUUUAUUGAUCAGUCGAUUGUGCAGUAAGUGACUAAUCUUUGUACGCUCGUUUGUACGGUUGCAUUAAUUUUAUCCUUCCUUUGGACUAUUUAUUCUGUCUGCGAUAUUUAAUAAAUGUCUACAAUAAUUGCA